GUCGUUUUGGAGCGAGAACCCUAAUGUGUGUAUGAGACAAUUUGACGAAUGGGCGCCAGUUGCAUACAGAGCGGAUGAGUUGCAGCGCAUGACGACGGCCCUCGCUUCGACGGCGACCAAAUUCGGACUCACCAACAACACAAACAAGACUGCCUUUUUCACCCUAGAUUAGAAAUGGAAUGCGUAUGCCUGCCGCAAAUCCACAAAGGUGGUGAUCCUUUAUAAGUCACCUCUAGAUUUUGUUUCAUGGGGAGUGUAUUUUCGACCUACCUUCAGAUGAUGAACGAGCUGCGCAUCCGUGUAUCGAAGACGGCUGCCGCAUGUGAAAAGCUUAAGCAUAAAGUGUGGAACAAUCACCAGCUGACCAUUACCACGAAGUUGAUGGUGUACAAGUCGAUGGUUCUGUCCAUUCUUCUACAGGGUUGUGAAACUUGGAGGAGGCUUUACCGGAAGGCCGUCCGAAAUUUGGAGUGAUUUCCACAAUAAUGCCUGCGUCGUAUUCUGCGCAUCGGCUGCGAUGAGCGAGU